UCCUGUCCGUCAAAUUUAGGGUUUCGAAUGAACCAUGUAACACACUGUUUGCUGGGAUGCCCUAGGCCUUUCUACUAUAUAUAUGUGUAAUCGGCGAUCGCGCAUCUGUUGCAGUCUCGCAGCCGUCGCAGAGCAGGAUUUUCUAGGAGGUAAGCCAUGGUGAAGCAUAACAACGUUGUUCCCAAUAGCCAUUUUAGGAAGCACUGGCAAAACUACGUGAGGACAUGGUUUGAUCAGCCAGCGCGGAAGACUAGGCGCCGGCUUGCUCGGCAGAAGAAGGCUGCGAAGAUCUUCCCUCGUCCAACUGCCGGUCCCCUUCGGCCUGUUGUACAAUGUCCCACACUUAAAUAUAAUAUGAAAUCUAGAGCUGGGAGAGGCUUUACUUUGGAGGAACUGAAGGCUGCUGGAAUUUCUAAGAAACUUGCCCCAACAAUUGGCAUUGCUGUGGAUCAUCGCCGUAAAAACAGAUCCCUUGAAGGCCUUCAAGCUAAUGUCCAAAGGUUGAAGACUUACAAAGCCAAGCUCGUUAUCUUCCCCAGGCGCGCCCACAAAUUUAAGAAUGGAGACUCCACCGCUGAGGAACUUGCAACUGCAACUCAAGUGCAAGGCCCAGUCCUGCCCAUAGUUCGCAACAAGCCUCGGUCAGUUGAGCUUGUGAAGGUCACUGACGAAAUGAAAUCAUUUGCUGCUUAUGCUAAGCUUCGAGUUGAGCGGAUGAACCAGCGCCAGGUUGGAGCUCGGCUGAAGAAGGCCGCCGAGGCAGAGAAGGAAGAAAAGAAAUAAGAUCCCUAUCAUGGUUUUUGAAGUGUCAUUUCAUGUGUUUGUUUCUGAAUGGAUUGUUUGUUCUCUAUUUAGAAGCUGACUGUUAAAUUUCAUGUGAUUGUUUUUGUUGCACACCUUGAAGACCAUUAUUAUUAUGUUAGAAAAGUUCUAAUUUUAAGCUUUCUUAAUUUAAAA